GCCGGCCGGCCGACCGCCAGAGUCGGGAGAGGCCCAGCCUCGCCGGGCCUGAGGCACAGGUCCGCCGGCGCCGCGCUCCACCCCGCUCCGCCGCCGCGUCCGCGAAGGGCCCCUGAGGGUGACCUGGGGAGGCCAGAAGGCGCGCCCGGCUUUCGGGAGCAGGAGCGAAGCGAACUCCGGAGAAACGAUGCUUACGGUACAGGGGAAAUUAUUUCCUGGAACAUCUGAGUCGUAAUUCAAUCUUGGGCUACGGACGACAGUCAAGGGGCAAACAUGCUUCAUGCCACGAGUGAACUGGAGUUUUCGAACAAAAAAAAUACGGAGGAGAUCUCCCAACUCGCUUUCCUGGAACUGUCAGAUGACACAUCAACCAGCGAGAAAACCUCUACUGCUUUACCCGAAAAAACUGGCUACCCGGACCCCGUUUACGUUAUGGCAGCCAACAUUUUUCAGGGUAUUCGAUUCGAAAAGUCACCAGAGAGAGUCUUAAUAAAGUAUGGGAAUGAACCCCUGCGGUCCUUGCCCGAGUCUGAGGAUAAAUCCUUUCAGCGUUCGUCCUAUGAGCUGGCCUUCAGUGCUCUGAAGUAUCAAGAUAUUUUGGAAACUAUAUUAAUAGACAGCUAUAUCUUCCCAAGUGCCACAAUACCAGAUCAUUUGAGCAGUCUUAUUAUUGUGAUGCUGUAUGAUUUCCAAGAUAGAAAAUUUCAAGCUCGUUUCCUUUCUGAUAAUGAAGAGCCCAUAGCAGAAGUUCAAGAAGUAGAGAACCUUCUUAACAGUUUUAAGAUAAAAUUGGCUGCAGCACUGGCCAGAUGUCGAAUCAAACAUGAUGCCCUUUCAAUUUACCACAUUCUUCCAGAAACAGUUAGGAACCAGGAAUUAAGGGCCUCCACUUUGCCACUUUAUGCUUGGAUAAAUACUUGUAAAAUCAGCCCUGAAGAAGUUUAUUAUACUUUGAAGAAAAGAGGCUAUCAUAAAGUCAAAUCUGUAUUACAUAUUGAUGAUAAAGUCUUUGCUGUGGACCAACAUUGCUAUGAUGUCUUAAUUUUUCCAUCUCAUCUUAAAAAUAAUCUUCUAAAUACAGAUCUUUUCAAAGAUUAUAAACUUAUUUUUCAGGACAAAUCUCGAAGUCUUGCUGUCCAUUCUGUAAAGGCUUUAUUAAAUAUGGGUGAUGAUAUAUUAAUGGUCAGUACAGGUUCAUGGUACACGGUUGCCCAUAUGUCAGUCUUAACAAAUAAUAAUACCUCAAAAAUAUUUGCGUGUGGAGUAAAACCUCAAGCUAAGGAUCCUGACCUGAAGAACCUUUUUACAAAAAUGGAAUGUAAAAAUAUUGAAAUACUUCAUGAGGCAUUUCUUAACAUUGAAUCAAAGGAUCAUAGAUUACAGAAAGUUAAAGUGAUUCUGCUGCUGCCUCGUUGCUCAGGACUCGGUGUUAGUAAUCCGGUGGAGUUUAUAUUAAAUGAGCAUGAAGAUACAGAUUUACUUAAAGAUUUCUCUCAAGGAGGAACAUCAGAAGAUAAACUUCACAUUCUUGUUCAACAGCAAUAUGAACAGCUAACACAUGCAAUGAAAUUUACUAAAGCUCAAGCAGUUGUUUAUUGCACAUGUUCAGUUUAUCCAGAAGAAAAUGAAGGUGUUGUUAAGAAAGCACUGGAAUUUCAAGACCAUGGGAUUAAAGCACAACCUUAUAGGCUUAGCCCCCCCGUCCUUCCACUGUGCUCCUUAAAGGAAAUGCAUCUGGCUACUGACAAAUUUUUCAGAAUGGAACCAUCUGAAAUUACCAAUGGUUGUUUUAUUUCUGUUCUAACAAGGGAGCGGGACCCGUCUGAGGCAGUGUCUGUGAAAGAUGUUUUGGCCCGUGCUGCAGCAAAAGGUCUACUGGAUGGAAUUGAGUUGGGUAAAACUUCAAAACGGGAGAAGAAGAAGAAGAAAUCAAAACUGCCAUUGUCAAAAGCUCCCGCCAAUGAUAAUACCGGCAUCCAAAUGAAAAUCGCUGAAUUCCUGACCCGAGAAGGCAGAGAGGGCAAGGCAAGUGCUGACCAUCGGUCAGAGAUACUAACACAAACAGCUCCUCCACCGAAAACUACAGCGCCCGCUGCGUCCUCCUCGCAGGUCAGAAAACCCAGCAAGCCCGCCAUCAAUCCUUCAGUGCCUACGUUUAUGAAGAAAACAGCUCACCCCAGACCGUCUGAACGGCAGACAAACUUCUUAAGAUCUCGCCUAGAAGACAGAGUGAUGAAACUGAAACCCGUGGAGAUCGUUUUGCCUCCAGUAACGUUGCCAUUUCCAGGUUCCCAAGAGAUCAAAUCUCAGCUACCGCCUCAACAUUUUUACUAUCGUUGGGUUGGACCCACGACUGCCAUGCACACCUACUUUCCCUCACCAUCGGUAUCCAAAAGAGGGGAAAAGCCUAAAGAAAACUUCCCUUCCUCCCUACUCAGGCGUCCUCGACAGUGGCUUUGACUGUCUUGUUUUUUACAGGGGUCAAGGGCAGUUGAUGGUUUUUCAAAGCCCGAUAUUUCUCCGAGGGUUAGCCAUCCCUAUACAAGAUACUCAUCCACUUAGUAUCUUCUAAAUGCGAUAAUACCUUCAAGAGAAUUAGGACAAGUGAGAAACAACAAUGUAGGCAAUUCGACUAAAGCAGAAUUCCUACAUUUCAGCUGCUCAGUGUUGAUCACCAGAGUGUCCAGCUUAGACUCAGUAUCAGCUGUUAGAACUUGUCUCCCUCUCGUUAACUUUCAGUCUGGACUCAGGACACUGGUUUUAAGAGAAAGCUGCAGCAAUUUUUCCUGAAGGGAAACCGAGUCUGCCUUGUAAUAGACUUGAGGUUUACUAGGAAGCGUAGGUACGGAAAAGAUGCUGGCCUCCCACACUGGCUUUAUGUCGCUUUUUCAGCAUCCAACUGUGGUUUGACAUUGUCACUCACUAUGGAGGUUGAUUUUUUUUUUCUUAAAUAUCAAAAUACUCUUUAAAUGGGGAUGUUAUGAGUUUUUGUGAUGUGAUUUCGUAGGAAGAACAGGAGGGUCCGAAGUUCCAGGUAUGUGUGGUUCAGAUGUAUGUUAACAGCGGAAACAAUUUCUCAUUGGAAGAGCUUGUGGGAUCCUGAGCAGAUUGAACAUAAUCAGCUAGCCCUUUUGUUUCUGCCAAAUAUGGUUGUAAAAAAGUGGCUGUACACAAAUUUCCAUCCCAGUAGUACUAAUUCUGAGGAAGAGGGAAAACUGUUGAAUACAAACUAUUGAAGAAAUCCAUAAAAAUGUCUGAUUCUCUUCACAGAUUAGGUAAAAUGCUAAAAUCUACCAGUCAUCUCAAAUGGCACAGUUAUAAAACUUUGGUAAAUCAUCUCUGAUGCACAUUUAAAAUAUAUUGUAGCACUAUGUUAAUUACAUUAAAAGUCAGUUCAUCUUGAAUGUAUUAUCCAUUGCCUACCAAGAAUUGGUAUGAUUAUCAUUUCAGGGUCUAUUGAUUCAUCAUGGAAACAGAAAUUGACAAUCAAAUAAGUUACAACUAUGAAAUCUAUUGUUUAAAAAAUGUUCAUAGACACAAAGUUUGAAUAUAAAGUUCUAUUUUCAGAAUCCAGUCAUGUUGCAGUGUUAUGUAAAUUCCUAAAUGUUCGAUUCAGGUGGCAUGAUUUCUGUAGACUAUUAUUCUUUUCAAGAUGAAUUUUUAGGUCUAUUUUAGCUUAGUACUCUAUUCUUUCUUUUCUCACUUGAAGUGAGGAUAAACAAAAUGGUGACUUUCAUUUUAUUGGUAAUAAAUAUUUUAGCUAAAAAGUUACAUUUAUCCGUAGACGAUGUCAGUGAAGGAGGGCAAGUCUUUGUAUACUUGAGCUUUAUAUUUUAAAUCCUCAAAGAAUUCUUUAUUAUGACUCUCAGCAAGUACAAAAAUGUCAUAAAUGCUCAGUUUAUUUUACUGAGUGAAAAAAUAAAAAAUGAUAAGAUUU